GUAUGGAAGUAUGCGAUUCCGGACGCAGCCGUUCUUUCGCUGAUAUCCGCCCACUUGCGGCAUAAGCCUUUCCUACUUGCGGGUACCCGCCCACUUGCGGUAUAAGCCCCACCUACUCACGGUUCUCCGGUCUGCAGAGAUACAUACUUGGGGCGGGGAGACAGACAUAUAGAACAUGGACGUUGGUUUACUGCCAUCCAUUUUGUAGGUUAUAUCAUCAGUUGCCUAUAUUACUGCUUUCAGUCGUAUUGAUCUGUAUAGUCAUUUAACAAUGGGUCAGUGUGGUGUAACCUCAUCAAAGACUGUACUGGUCUUCCUCAAUCUUAUUUUUUGGGCUGCUGCUGGGAUCCUGUGUUACGUUGGUGCCUAUGUCUUUAUUACAUAUGAUGACUAUGACCACUUCUUUGAAGAUGUCUACACCUUGAUCCCAGCUGUUGUCAUCAUUGCAGUGGGCACACUCCUCUUCAUUAUUGGCUUAAUCGGAUGCUGUGCCACAAUCAGGGAGAGUCGUUGUGGACUGACCACGUUUGCCAUUGUGCUCAUGCUGGUGUUUGUGACUGAGGUGGUUGUGGUUGUGCUCGGCUACAUUUACAGAGCAAAGGUGGAGGCGGAGGUCAAUCAUUCAAUCCAGAAGGUGUACAAUGAAUACAAUGGCACGAACACAGAUGCUCCAAGUCGUGCUAUUGACUAUGUUCAAAGACAGCUUCAUUGCUGUGGAAUUAGCAACUACUCAGACUGGAAAAACACACGCUGGUUUAAUGAGACUCGGAACAACAGUGUACCUCUGAGCUGCUGCAAACCCAACGUGAGCAACUGUACUGGCUCCCUCUCUCGUCCUGGAGACCUUUAUCCCGAGGGAUGUGAAGCUUUGGUUGUGAAGAAACUUAAGGAGAUCAUGAUGUAUGUUAUCUGGGCUGCACUGACAUUCGCUGCAAUUCAGAUGCUCGGGAUGCUGUGUGCCUGUGUUGUGCUGUGUCGUAGAAGCCGAGAUCCUGCAUAUGAGCUUCUGAUAACUGGAGGGACAUAUGCAUAAAGAGUAACAGUUGAGAGAAUGCACACACAGGACUUAAGGUUCUGUUGGUGUGUGAUGGCACACAGGUCAUUUUCUCUUUCAGCUGCUCAGCUUUUAAUCACUCACACUGUGUGCUGGUGAUGGGUGAAGUAAAUUCUUUUAUUUAUUUAUGUGGUACUUUUAAAUUUUGUUCUAAAUGUUUUGAUUGUAAACAACCUAUUAUUUGUUUCUAAAUGAGAAGCUCAUAAGAUUUUUAUUGAGUCAUUUCAAUUAGAUUGAGCCAAUUUGCUUAUGUAAAUGAUGGCAUUAUUGUGUUGAAAAAAGUAAGGAUUUUAUGUUUUCCUUCAUGUGUUGGUUUGCAGUAUGUGUAUGGAUAUUUAUUUUAUUCUAGCACAUUAUUCCUUCUGUGUAAGGUUUGCUUUGCAGUGUGGCAGUCAAAGCUUUGCCACCCACCCAUCACCAAAAAAAUCCUGGCAGUGCAAAUGCAAGCAUCCAGUUGUCUCUCCUGUCAUUACUGGUUGCUCAGCAACAUUGAUCUAUACUUGCAAAAUUGAACUGCUGAUAAAUUAACCCUUUUUUACCCAACUAACAUUGUUUUUGUGGCUACUCUUGAUGCACUACCUACUAUGUACUUAACUAUUUUAUCUUUGUAUUCUUUCUUCCCAUGCUUCUAAUAUUUAGUAUUCUGAUGAGUUGUAGAUUUUAAAGUUGGUUUAAGAACAUGUAGCGAUGUAGAACAAUAACAUUUGAAAUAAAUGUAAAUAGAUGAAUGGAUAAAUAAACAUUAAUUAAACAUGACAAAAUUUUUACAGGGAAAUAAUGUUGUCUUAAGUUUU